AUCAGGGCGGCCUUUACUUGAUCGGGAGUUAAUUUGCCGGCCCGCAUAGUUUGCUAUGACGGAGGCUGAUCUUAUGAGUUUCUGGGUAUGCAUACUAUAGGCGAUAAUCAUUGGUUAUGUAGUCGUUCUCAUCUAGCAAUGCGGGGUUGUAGGGCCUUCGAAGGAAUGUUUUGCUAACUGGAUCCUAAUAUUACAAGGAGUGCUAGUUUAAUUCAAACAUCGUCCAUCCCACCCUUUCUUCAUGGGUUUUUGAUCUCUGAAUAUCUUUUAAAAAAGGGUUUUGAGAAAGGAAAGAGAAUUCAAACUUUACUGUUGUUGAGCAACCGGUGCAUUCGAUCUUCUCCUACUGUGAGACGGAGGCAUAUUUUGAGAAGAGCGGAUUCAGGCUAGUGAAUCAUGAAAUAUGCAUUGAUCCUUCUCUACAUUUUACUUCUAUGCCCCUCUCUACAUGAUAUCAGAUGUCAAUCAGAGUCAUUGUCUGAUGGCCCAGAAAAGAACAAAUUUCGUGAACGGGAAGCAACUGAUGACAAUCUUCCACUUCCAACCUUAGAUGAGGAUGCGUUGCUUAAUACACAGUGUCCCAAGAAUGUGGAGUUGAGGUGGCAGGCAGAAGUAAGCUCCAGCGUCUAUGCAACACCUUUAAUUGCUGAUAUUAACAGUGAUGGUAAACUAGACAUAGUGGUUCCAUCUUUUGUUCACUACCUGGAAGUGCUAGAUGGUUCUGAUGGAGACAAAAUGCCAGGGUGGCCGGUGUUCCAUCAGUCAACUUCUCAUGCAAGCCCACUUCUCUAUGAUAUUGAUAAGGAUGGGGCCAGAGAGAUAGCCUUAGCAAUGUAUAAUGGAGAAGUACUCUUUUUCAGGACUUCGGGAUACUUAAUGCAAGAAAAAUUGGAAGUUCCCCGUUUACGUGUUCGCAAAGAUUGGUAUGUUGGUCUAGAAAAAGAUCAUGUAGAUCGUUCUCAUCCUGAUGUACAUGAUGAUGUUCUAAUCCAGGAGGCUAUUGAUCAGGAAGCUUUGUCCGGGAAACAUGGAAGCAUCCAAGAGGCAAAGUCCAACCAGUCUAUUUCUACACACGAAGUUGAGCAUGAAGCAUCAUCAAAUGCAUCAAAGCCACAAUCAUUGUCUGAGGUUCCUCUAAAUGGAGGUCACCAAUCUGCCAUAGAAAACAAUACCCACAAUGUAGUUUCAACCAAUAUUUCUGAGCAUAUAUCUACUGAUAUGGGGAAUGAAACAAAAUCAAAUAUCAGUAAAACUGGCCGUAUAGAUGAUGAUGAGGCGUCCAUGCACAAUUUACCAGGGAUGGAAGCAAUUACAAAUGCUACAAGUACAACAAAGCCAGCAGUUACCAAAAGGCGGCUUCUUAUGGAAGCUGAAACAGAAACCUCUAAGAAAAAUGACAGUGAAAAUACCGUAACUGUUGAAAAUGAUGAGGAGCUGGAGGAGGAUGCAGAUGCCUCUUUUGAUUUGUUUCAAGAAGGCGAUGAAGCCUUGGCUGAUGAAUAUACAUAUGACUAUGAUGACUAUGUUGAUGAAGCAGCCUGGGGAGAUGAAGAUUGGACUGAGGCUCAACAUCAAAAGGAAGAAGAUUUUGUUAAUAUUGAUUCACAUAUCCUAUCUACUCCAGUGAUUGCAGAUAUCGACAAUGAUGGCAUCAAUGAGAUAAUCAUUGCAGUGUCUUAUUUUUUUGAUCAUGAAUACUAUGACAACCCUGCACAUUUAGCAGAGCUGGGAGGUAUAGAUAUUGGUAAAUAUGUUGCAGGCGCCAUUGUGGUCUUUAAUCUUGAUACGAAACAAGUAAAAUGGACCAGUCAAUUGGAUCUUAGCACAGACUCUGGAAAAUUUCGUGCCCAUAUUUACUCUUCUCCUACAGUGGUUGAUCUGGAUGGUGAUGGCUAUUUGGACAUUCUCGUCGGCACUUCAUUUGGCUUCUUUUAUGUUUUGGAUCAUCACGGAAAGAACAGGGAAAACUUUCCACUACAAAUGGGUGAGAUUCAAGGACAUGUUUUAGCUGCUGACAUCAAUGAUGAUGGCAAAAUUGAAAUGGUGACCACUGAUACAAGAGGGAAUGUGGCUGCAUGGACUGCUCAAGGAAAAGAAAUCUGGGAGAGACAUCUUCGGAGUCUUAUUGCACAGGGACCGACUGUGGGUGAUGUUGAUGGUGAUGGACAUACAGAUGUGGUAGUUCCAACCAUUUCAGGUAGCAUUUAUGUUCUUAAUGGAAAGGAUGGGACAUAUGUAAAGCCAUUCCCCUAUCGCACUCAUGGGAGGAUCAUGAGUCCAGUUCUUCUGGUUGACCUAAGUAAGCGUGGAGCAAAACAACAAGGGUUGACUCUCGCUACCACAUCAUUUGAUGGUUACUUAUAUCUUAUUGAUGGGCAAACUGGUUGUGCAGAUGUAACAGAUAUUGGAGAGACAUCUUAUAGCAUGGUUCUUGCAGAUAAUGUUGAUGGAGGUGAUGAUCUCGAUCUAAUUGUAUCCACUAUGAACGGCAAUGUAUUUUGCUUUUCAACUCCUGCCCCACAUCAUCCAUUAAAGGCAUGGACAUCCCAAACUCAGGGAAGAAAUAAUGCUGCAAGCCGUUACAAUCGUGAAGGAAUUUUUAUUCUACCAUCAUCUAGAACUUCUCGAGAUGAGGAAGGUGACAGCUUUUGGGUACAAUUCAAAAUUGUGGAUGAGCACCGACGCCCUUUAGGAUCACAAGCACCUUAUAAUGUUACGGUGACAUUACUGGUCCCUGGGAAUUAUCAGGGUUCAAGAAGGAUAACUCAAAAUCAAAUAUAUAAUCAACCUGGUACCUACAAAUUUAAGUUGCCGGUAGUGCCUGUGCGAACAAUAGGGACAGUAAUUGUAGAGAUGGUUGACAAGAAUGGUUUAUAUUUUUCUGACGAGUUUUCUCUCACUUUCCAUAUGCACUACUACAAGCUAUUUAAGUGGCUUCUUGUUCUUCCAAUGGUUGGAAUGUUUGGAUUGCUUGUCAUUCUUCGACCACAAGAAGGUGCACCUUUGCCAUCAUUCUCUCGAAAUACACACCAACUUUAAAGAGCCAAAGGAACCCCAAUAAUCCUUGUAUACAAUGUCCCAGAAAGCUAAAUUUUGCACAGCAUGGAAAUUAUGAGUUUUCAAUCCUCUCAUGUACUUUUUUUAAAAAUGAGUUGAAAGAAGCGUUCCCUCAAUCUCAAAAUUCCAUUCAUGGCAGUCAAUUCAAACAAAAUUGAGGCCUUCUUUGUUAGGAACAGGAACUCGGUCUACCUUUUCUACUGCUUUUUGCUUUGCAACAGGUAAUGCUAAUUUUUGUAGUGUCUCGAAUGAUUUUUCCAUAAUUAAAAGGAGUUUCAUUUCUUCUGAUGUUUCUCUUAUUCUCUUUAACAUAAAGAGGAGAGAGAAACUAGAAUCCAUGUGUGAAACUGAGGUUGACAAAUAACUUAUAAUAAAUCAAAGCUGGCUCUAGUCCCUUUCAAAGUCUGCA